UGCACUAUUUUUGUACGACUGGAUACAGCAAUUGUGCGAACGGUUUUUUGGAUACAGUCAAAAUAUUCCGAUAUAAUGAUGAAUACCUUUGAGAACACCUUCAUCCGGGGACCCUCGCCGUCCUAUUCCGAUGAUGCCAACUCAGAGAAUGCGUUAUCAGUGACUCUGCCCAUCGGAGCAGCUAUCCCCGAUUUGGACUUUUGUCGCGACGACUCCAAGACGGACACGGGCGACUAUUUCGAUGAGAAAUACAACAGCGACAGCUGCUCUCGCUUGCAUCCCGGUCAUCAAGGACGCAACACUUUCGCAUUUUGGACCAUUGUGGUUCUCCUUUUGGUCCUGACUGUGGGCAAUCUCAUCCUGACCCUUACUAUUGUCGGUGUCCUGCGUCUGGGAAAAGGUGUCCAGGGAAUGGAAGUGAUUCCCGAAGUAGAUGUAGUCAAGUUCUACGGUUCCACGGACUUGGAACGGGUGCAGACCAACUCAAUUGGACAGAUUCAUGGUUUCUCGGAUGUUCCAGUGACAAUUAGCAGUGAUGCAGGUGACGGGGAAGGUGGCGUCAACGUGCGGGUGUUCCGAAACGGCAAUGGUGAACGCGAUAGGAUUGUUCUGAACAAGGAAGGCAUUCUUAUUCAGGCCACAAAUCUAUUUGAGGUCAAGGACCCCGUUGAUAAGCAACCAAUUUUUACCACCCAUCGUCCGCAAUAUAACAUUCCGGGUGGAGUGGAAGCCUUGCAGGCCAAGGUGGUCAGUGCCAGCGGAAUAGCGAGUCCCAUUGAUGAGUCUCUAGUUCUCGAGAGUGAUGGACGCAUGGCAAUCAGAGGCUCCGAGGGCGUCUACUUCGAUGGAGCCAGCGUUGACAUGCAAUCCGAGCAUCACGUCCUAAUAAACUCCACGCAGGGCGCCACCAUCCUGGAGGCUGGCACGGGUAUCUUUCUGGACAUGGACCGUAUCCCCAUUGUCAGUUCCGAGCUUGGACUCCGCACAGGAAGUGUCCAGUACAAGCUUUGCGUUUGCAUGCCUCAUGGAACACUUUUUAGGAUUGCCAUUCCAAGGGUGCACAACGGUCCAAAGAUAACGUGCGCCCACUUUAGCGGUAAGGACGAUCCAUGUGAAGUCAACUAAGUACUGCCAGAAAUAAAGAGAAUCGUUACGACUAUCGUAUCUCUAAAACAAA